AAUGGAAGGAUAUGUACAAUAUUGCGAUGAAGAGUGUAAGCAGAGAGCUAAAUAUUAUGAUGAAACUGACAAAAUGUACUACUGAGAACUUCAUUAUAAAUAAUCAACCAGAAGAUACAAUUGUGCUUACAUCCCCAGGCGAGGUCAAAAAUGCAGUUAAUCUCCUCAUCAGAGGUCUCAAGUUCUUUAUGAUCUUUAAUCAUCACAAACACACAAAAAUUAAUUGGUCGAAAGUCAAGAGGCUUCAUAAGGAGAUGAUUAAAGAUGUGAAAAAUCUUGAGAAACGAAUUAGCAAAGCUGAAUCUAAGCAGGAGCUUUACUUGUUCACUGCUCUUAAAUAAAGAGGCAGAACAAAUCAAGGAGACUAUUGAUGAGGAAAAUGUGUUCAAUAGAUUCACAAAUAAUUAUUUCUGGAGUCUUCUAGAGGAAGAAAAUAGAGCCUCAGCUCCCUCGAUGUUAGCCUAUGACAUUUACAGAAACUUAGAGGAAGUUGAUCUUCAUCAAGAAGAGUUCAUAAAGAAAAAUGCUGAGAUAAAGAAAUUAAAGAAGCAAGUGAAAAAGCUGAAACAAAAAAUCUCCAGACUCCAAGACUCCAACGACUCCUCCUCCACUGAGUCCAUUUCUGAAAGCGACUCCUCAGCCUCUUCCGAAGAAUUCAAGUCUGCUCUGCAAGAAGAGAUGGCCAGAGAUCCUGAGUGCAGAGAAUAUGUUGAGAAGAUGGGGGAGAAUAAGGGAGCGAAAUUUAGACUAGAGAAUGGACUAGAUAGAAAAGUCUUCGGGCUGAUGGACCAGAAUUCAUUAGUAGACUUGACUUACAUAGAUUUAUGGCGUGUGCAAGCGAUAAGUCCAGACGAAUUCCACACCUUCAUAACCAAAAUCCCCGAAGGACUCCAAUUCUUUGACAUUGGCUUCAGAGACUCCUCAGUCAAAAUAAGUCCUUACUUACCUUCUCUCCUCCUCCUGCAGCCUAAGCUCAAAUCAAAAAUAUGCUUCUGGUACUGCACAAUAACUUCUGAAGAGAAAGAGCAGAUAGAGGAGACUUUUAGAGACAUCAUAGUUGAUUUUUGGGGUAAGGAAUGGCUUUUAGUUUAGACGGAGUGGAAAUAACCGAAGAUUAAGAAGAGUUGCUGGUAAAGUGUUGUACUAAGUUUAGAAGUGGGAGUUGAUUCAACUG